GGGUUUAAAUGUAAAGAUUGCAAAAAAAAGUUCCAUAAAGAUUGUGCCAGCAAGGCUUUACCAGCCUGUGGUAUGUCAGAUUCCUAUGUUGAUGCAGUAUUAGAUUGGUCAGAAUCACCAAUACCCAAUCGUCGUACAACCAAUCCAAAUCUACAGUUACCUGAUGGUUAUGAUAGUCAGAUGUUAAAACAAGUAUCAUCAUUACCUGGUUUCUCUCAUUUACCUGAUUCUAGUUCAACUUCUUCAUGUAAUUCUUCUACACCUUCCUCUCCAAAUCUUGUUGCCACCUCAUCCGGCACAGUUACCUCCCCUUCACCAUCACAGUCUCCUCAAACACGUAAUACCUUUCGCUUUCCAGAUGUGCCAGAUAGUGUUGCUACUUUGCCUGCAAAUUUUGAGAUGCCUUCAGAUUCACAGAAUGAGGUGGAUGUUGUAAAUACAAAUACUUCCAAUGAUAGUGAUAAAACAUUAAUAGAUAGUAAUACAUCAGACAAACUCCAGUUAGAUAGGGUGGAUUCCAUAGAUAGCCAAGAUGAUCAAGGAGGGCAUAACUGGAAAAGAGGCAAUAGUUUAUCUGUUACUAUGAAAGAAUGGGAUAUACCAUAUGAACAACUAAUAUUAUCAGAUACAAUUGGUAUUGGAAGAUUUGGUACUGUCUACAAAGGUCAUUGGCAUGGUCCAGUAGCUGUUAAAGUUUUAGCAAUGGAUGACAGUGAUAAUCAGGCUCAAUUAGCAGCAUUCAAGCUAGAGGUAGGAGUUUUACGGAAAACUAGGCACGAAAAUUUAGUUUUAUUUAUGGGUGCAUGUAUGAAACCACCACGACUUGCAAUAGUUACUAGUUUUUGUAAAGGAGAAACGUUAUUUAGUCUUAUCCAUUUGAAGAAAGAUAACUUUAAAUUAAAUAAAGCACUGAUAGUAGCUUCACAAGUAGCACAGGGUAUGGGGUAUUUACAUGCACGAGGCAUCAUACACAAAGAUCUCAGAACUAAAAAUAUUUUUGUUGAUGCAGGAAAAGUUAUUAUUACUGAUUUUGGACUAUUUAAUGUGACGAAAAUAUGUAGAGGAAAUAAAAAAGAUUGGUUAAGCAUUCCACCUGGCUGGUUGUGUUAUUUAUCACCUGAGGUUAUUAAAACACUCCAUGCUAGACAAAAUAUAAACAUGGACUUACCUUUUACAGAAAUGUCCGACCUUUAUGCAUUUGGAACUGUAUGGUAUGAGUUAUUGUGCGGAGAUUGGCCAUUUAAAUCGCAUCCAGCAGAAACCAUAAUCUGGCAAGUUGGACGAGGCAUGAAACAAUCAUUAAAUACUAUUGGAGCACCCAGAGAAGUCAAGGAUAUAUUGAUGUCAUGUUGGGCGUUCAAGAAGGAAGAAAGACCUGAAUUUAGUCAGAUAUCUAAAGCUUUGGAGCGAAUACCUAAACAUAGACUCAUACGUAGUCCCUCACAUCCUGUUCAUUUAUCGCGGAGUGCAGAGGUCAUAUUCAACACAUGACGGUGACUCAACGUCAUCAAUUUUUUAUGUGAUCACAUGACCAUUUUGUGGCCUCCGUAAAAAUUGGUGCUCAUAUCAUCUUCAAUGCAUGGUACUAUGGCAACAAAUCAGAAAUCCCCAAUCGGCGUUGUAAGCAACCGAUCAUCGCCAUGGUGACAAGUUGAUAGGAGAACUGAUAAGUUCCAUUAGUGAUGUCAUUUCCUGUGUUUCUGUUCAGUAGAUCAAUGCUGCAGUUGAUUGGCUAAAUAUAAAAUAACACAAGUUUUGACAUGUUUUACCAGUCUUUCAUAAUAGUGAGGAUUGACCAGUCAUAAACUAGAGAUACCAGGGUGCUUUGUAGUAAUGUGACUGAGAUCAUAACUCCUUCUACAUUGAGUUAAAUGUAUCUGGGUGCAAGACAUUUUAGGUGCUUCAUCCGAUGCAAUGCUCCUCUAGAUAACUUUGUUCUUUGAACUUUGGAAUCAACCGACUAAAUGAGGAGGAUAAACAAAAGAUGGAUGUGUUUACAUUCAGUGACAGGAGUUAAAUCAUCACAUCUUUAAAAACAGAUUCUAGCUAUAAGCAAGUGAUCAGAAAGAGUGCUACCCUUCUCAACAUUUCCUAAAUGUCUUGUCUAUUUUCGCUAUUUUAAGAAAUCUUAUUUCUAAGAAUGUACCUUUUUCUCCAAUCCUGAUAAGUUUUGUUAUUAUGUCUAUAUUGCUAUAUGAUCAUGUGUAACUAUCAUUCCUUUAUUGAGAUAUCAGUUAGAAAAAAACUUAUUAACAGUACAGCCAACAAAGUAAUAUUCCUCUCCAAUAACUAGGUAAUCUCCCUUGCUAGGGCUAAUGGCAAAAGAAUUUACAAGAUAGUGCUCAUAGUUGAUUUGAAUUCUUGAUGAGCGGUAUACAAAUCAAAUAGUAGAUCAAAUUAUGUUAGUUUUAGUAUUAACAAAUACUAAAAAAAAUCUGAUUAGAUAACUGAAAAAUUAUUCAAAUAUUUGUUUGAACACUGGAUGAAGCUACUCAAUGUGAAACGUUACUUUGUCAUGUAAUAUUACAGACAAAUCAGUCAAACAGAUGUGUUGGCUUUGACUUUCCAAUACAAGAAAGACAUUCUUUCCUUAAAGAAGAAGGCUUUAAUGAAAAUCUGCAUUCCUGAUUAUAUUCGUCUUUGGCUUGUUGAGUGGAAACUUUUUCUGGAGAUACAAAAGUAGCUAUUGGAGAGGAUGAUUACAAAUUGUCAUAUUAUCUAAACUGAAAGUAAGGAAGGUAUUCUCAAGAUAUCUUAUGGGUGAUUGAUCCACAAUCUGCAUUUAUAAUCAAGUUCUUUUAAACUUUGAUUUUUUAUAUUAAUUCCUUCAGAAUCAGUGUAUAUGGUGGUUAAUGCUUUUAAAGCUAUAUAUGAUGUCUUAAUCAUGCUUGUCCAGUCAACUCAUCCAUUUUAUAUUGUAUAUCAAAAAGAAAGAUUAUUCUAUCUUUAAAAGCAAAUAUAUUAUUACUGGAAAUGUUAUGAAUGUAGCCUGAAAAAAUAUUGAUAUCUUCUACUAAUUUACACCUUUAAAUUUAUUAUAUGGCAAAAUUCAAUUUUUUAUAAUCUGUGAAUUUGGGGAUAUUUUAUUGAAUCGGAUUUAAGGAGUUGAAAUAAGGCAAGGACAACAAAUAUUUGUAUUAUUGUUUUCAUAAAUUUGUUUGGUUUUUUUUUAUAUAAAAGAUGAAAGUGCUGAUAGUUUAUUACAAAUGAAUUAUAUUUUAUUUAUUAAAGGUAUUCGUUUUAUUCACCACAUUUACAUGUAGAUGUUAUCACCUGUAUUUGGCAUCUUGAUGCAACUUCUUGUGAUAAGGAUAGAAUUCUCGACUAAUUGGUUUUUCAAAUUUAUUAGAAUCGUUCAUAUGCUGACAAAUCCUAUCAGUAUCAGAAAAUCCAAUCACAGGUUAUCAAAUUAACAUUUGUAUACAAAUCAGAGAACUCCAUUGAAUUUUAGAAAUCUUUUUAUGAGGUGUGUUUGAGAUUUUUUUUUAUCACAAAUCGUGGUAUUUCACCAAUGUUAAGAUUGUUCAUUACAUAAUUAGAAAGAUCCAUAUGAAUAUUAGAAUAAUUUAAUUUGACAGUUGUUGGGCAUGUAAGAACUCCUUAGUCAUAAUAAAACAUUCAACCAACUUCCAGUAUACAGUAAUCAAGUAGGUGUUAGUCCAAGCCCAUGAACACGGGGCAAACCCCUAUCUAUAUUUCUUAUGCACUUGAAGGAUUCAAAACUAUUAGUUCAUAUUUGUGAAUUGAACAUGAACACAAGUUAAAGAAGAAUAUGUGUACAUCUGAGCUUCGGGUACAAAUUUGUGUUAUAGUUCACCUGAAUUCAUAAAGGUUCAUCUCUAAAAAAUACUUGCUUAUUGCAGUUGAGUUUGAUAAUCAUUUUGCUGUGUAAAGUUGACUUCAAAGAAAGGGGGAGGGAUUUUUUUAAAAAUAAAAUAAAAUGAAACUUAGCUUGAUUCAUCCAUUCAUUCCUUUGGUCAUCCUUUCACUUUGUUCUUUCCAUGUGCAAUAUAUGGUUUUCUGUACAUAUUAAUUAUAAAAUAAGUCUUUUAAUAUAUAAUAUAUGCAUUAAAUAAAUCAAAUUUUUGUUUUUAUAAA